AUGACACCUUCCGAGGCAGCAAACGAUGCCCUAAACGCCACUCUGGCGGCCGUGCAACCACUCAUCAAGUGUUGCAUGAAGUUGAAGGAGGGCGAUCCAGAGACUUUGAGGUUAUUGGAUGACAUCGCCAGGCGCAUGGCAAAAGACUUGAAAACUCAUGCAGGGGAUGCAACUUCAUUUUCCCCACAACUACUUUCCUGCACUGCCAUCAUAUGGCAGUACUCCAAGGGUGGUACUUUUCAGCACGUCCCCGACUGGAGCUCUGUGGCGGACAAUGACCCUAGGAUCAAGAGUCACCUGCGAUUCGAGAAGACUGUGGGCUACCCCAUUCCCGCUGCGAUUGAGGUUCCUUCCAACUUCGAACUUCUGCAGGCUGCUGCGUCGGCUGACCGGUCACCAACCGACACCGUGAUGCUGCCCUCCAGAGUCUUGGCUAUCUCGCCAACUGCAUCCCUUACUGAUCCGGAUCCGAUUCUCACAUCGGUCACGCAACCCAAGCUAAUAUCGCUGCCUUCAACGCCCAGAGAUCCGCAGAUUUCUCCGCUCCUUUCAGUACCUCCUGCUGCUCCCAUGAAAUACAACCUUUUUGUGGCCACCACACAGAAGAAACCCGGCAACAGCAAGAAGAGAAAGGCUGAAGACGGGGAUACCUAUGACCACAUUUUGGCCGACGCACCCAAGUUGUCUGCCCUGCCUUCAAAACCGAAACACAAAAGGAAGAAGAAGUUCCUAUCGGAUGACAAAGACAACGUGCCAACCAGCACUAUCUAUGCAAAACCAAAGCGCAAGGAAUCAUUGCCUGUCACCGCUGAGAAAUAUUCCGAUCCGGCAGUUCCGGACUCGUGCAACAAGGCCCAGGACGGGUGCUUCCAGGAUGCAGAAACUAGGCCUGCUCAAUGGGGCCAUGAUUCUCAUAUCGCCAUGCCGUUGGAGCAUUCCGUGCGUCACCACCCCCAGAAGUGCGACAAGUGCAGGAAACUCAAUAUACCCUGCCUUGUUCUUCCGGACAGAAAGUUCGGAUGCAUGCGACUUGCGUGUGCAAACUGUGAUCAGAUGAAAAUCACGUGUGCUAUCGACAGUGUUGGUGUGAGGGAGAGGUUGCAAGCUGAGACCGCUGCAGUGUUAUCCAAUUCUGACAAGCACUCCGGAGCCCGCAUUCCCAAGUCCCGGGUGAUCUCCCAGACUCUGGCUGGCCGUUCUUCCCAGAAAACCACCCCACAUGGCUCCUCUGGCCUCGGACACAAAGAGACAGCUUACCUAGAGGCUGGGCAACAACCAAAGGAUGUACUGCCUGGCAAUACGCUCAUGCAACCGCUCCCAACUGUGUCGACAUCAGAACCCGUCCCACAGCCAGAACAGGAUGACCACCCUGCUCCGACCAACAACAUAGAUCCAGAGCCCACAGCAAGGCACAUCCUGGAGAGCAUCCAGGACCUCGGAAGGAGAUUGGAUCUCUUUGCUACCAAUGAGCGCGUGGAAGCAUUGGAGGCGAGAGUGGCUUUGGUAGAGAGUGUCUUCAACCAGCGGUUGAAGGCCUUGGAGCAACGGCUCAACUAA